AUGCCUUCAAGAAAACCCAGCAAGUUCGGGAACAAGUUUCGGUCCGGCGCUGCUUCCUUCAACCCCAAACGAACAAAAACCGUCGAGUUCUCGUCCCUUCGAUCGUCGGAAGCAACCUCCCAAGAUGAGAAGUUCGAGGCGAUCCGGCUGGCCAACAGCAUCGACGAGUCCCUGGGGUUUCCGCGCUUCGAGGCCGGCGAAAAGCGAGUGGGGUGGCUCAUCAACAUGCACAGCACUUCCAUAGAGGAUUCGAAUGUCCCGGGAGGACGCGCCGGCGUGGAUUACUAUUUUCUCGAAGACGGCGGCACCAGUUUCAAGGCGACUGUCGAAUACGACCCAUAUUUCCUGAUCGCUGUGAAGAAAGGGCACGAGCCGGAGGUCGAAGAGUGGUGUCGGAGGUCGUUCGAAGGGCUGAUCAAGAAGAUCUCGCGCGUUGAGAAAGAGGACCUGGAUCUGCCGAAUCAUCUUCUUGGGUACCAGCGGAACUUCCUCCAACUCUACUUUGCGAACGUGAGCCAUUUGCUGGAAGUCCGGAGAACACUGCUGCCUCUGGCGGAGAAGAACAAGAAGAAUGUGAAUAUGAUGGAUACAUAUAUGGAGAUUUCCAGCGCAAACGCUGGUUUUGAUCUCUUUGAUGACGAACUAAUUAAUGAAUCACGAUCUAAUGGCACUAUGAAUGCGAGCGAUUUUAUUGUUGAUAUUCGAGAAUAUGAUGUUCCCUAUCAUGUUCGAGUCUCGAUUGACAAAGACAUACGUAUAGGGAAAUGGUAUACUGUGGAGUCAAGGCACGGGGUUAUUUCAUUGACAUGUUUAGAAGAACGACUCACGCGAGCCGAUCCUGUCGUUCUAGCAUUCGAUAUCGAGACGACAAAACUACCGCUCAAAUUCCCUGAUUCCGUGAUUGAUCAAAUCAUGAUGAUUUCCUACAUGAUCGAUGGCCAAGGUUUUCUCAUUACCAACCGUGAGAUUGUAUCCGAAGACAUCAAUGAUUUCGAAUAUACGCCCAAGGCCGAAUACAGUGGCCCGUUUAUGAUCUUCAACGAACCCGACGAGCGAGCCGUCCUAGAACGGUUUUUCGAACAUAUAAAAGAAGCGAAACCGACAGUCAUUGCUACAUAUAACGGUGACUUUUUCGAUUGGCCUUUCGUUGAAGCUCGCGCGAGCGUUCUGGGAAUCGAUAUGUACAAGGAGAUCGGUUUCCGUCGGAGUAGCGAUGAUAUCUACCAGAGCGAUCACUGUGUGCACAUGGAUUGUUUUGCUUGGGUCAACCGUGAUAGUUAUCUCCCUCAGGGAAGUCGUGGCCUGAAAGCGGUUACCGUCGCCAAGCUUGGAUACGACCCCGACGAACUUGACCCAGAACUCAUGACUCCAUAUGCGAGCGAACGCCCUCAGACUCUGGCAGAGUAUUCAGUCUCCGAUGCUGUCGCAACCUACUACUUGUACAUGAAAUACGUCCACCCUUUUAUCUUCUCUCUGUGUACAAUUUUACCUAUCAACCCUGACGACACCCUGAGAAAGGGUACGGGAACGCUGUGUGAGAUGCUUCUAAUGGUGCAAGCAUAUCAGGGAAACAUCAUCCUCCCGAACAAACACAAGGAUCCCCCUGAAUCUUUUUAUGAGGGCCAUCUACUCGAGUCGGAGACCUACGUCGGAGGACACGUCGAAAGUAUUGAGGCCGGUGUGUUUCGAAGCGAUAUCCCUGUCACAUUCAAUGUGCAGCCCGCUGCUAUAGACGAACUCCUUCGAGACCUUGAUGCAGCGCUGAAGUUCAGCAUUGAGGUCGAAGAGAAGAAGUCGAUGGACGAUGUUACGAACUACGCCGAAGUAAGAAAGCAGAUUGCAGACAAGUUGAUGGGCCUGAAGGAGAAGCCACAUAGAGAUGAGGUGCCGUUCAUCUAUCACUUGGAUGUUGCUUCCAUGUAUCCGAACAUCAUGAUCACGAACAGACUACAACCCGACUCUAUGAUCGAAGAGUCUAACUGUGCUGCUUGCGACUUCAACCGACCUGGAAAGACCUGUGAUCGAAGAAUGCCAUGGGCGUGGAGAGGUGAAUUUCUUCCCGCCAAGCGCGACGAGUACAACAUGAUCCGCCAAGCCGUUUCAAAUGAAAAAUUUCCAGGAAGGACGAAGACUGCUCCGAUGAGAGCCUUCAGUGACAUGGGUAUUGAAGAGCAGGCCGCCAUCGUUAAGAAACGACUACAGGAUUACAGCAAGAAGAUCUACCACAAGAUCCAUGACAGCAAGACCAUGGUCAGAGAGGCCAUCAUCUGCCAACGAGAGAACCCAUUCUAUGUGGAUACUGUCCGCAGCUUCCGAGACCGACGAUAUGAUUUCAAGGGAAAACAAAAGGUCUGGAAAGGCAAGACUGAGUCCCUCAAAUCCUCGGGUGCAUCGGCCGCGGAGAUCGACGAGGCCAAGAAGAUGAUCAUUCUUUACGAUUCCCUGCAGCUUGCCCACAAGGUCAUUCUUAACAGUUUCUACGGCUAUGUCAUGAGAAAGGGUUCCCGGUGGUAUUCCAUGGAAAUGGCUGGUGUGACAUGUCUGACGGGUGCCCGGAUUAUUCAGAUGGCCAGAGAGCUGGUUGAACGCAUUGGUCGACCGCUGGAACUGGAUACUGAUGGUAUCUGGUGUAUGCUUCCGGGCAGCUUUCCGGAGAACUUCACGUUUACGCUUAAGAACGGCAAGAAGUUGGGGAUCUCGUAUCCUUGCGUCAUGCUGAACCACCUCGUCCACGGGAGCUAUACAAAUCAUCAGUACCAGACACUUAUCGACCCGGUGACCCAUAGAUAUGAGACACAGAGUGAUAACUCCAUCUUUUUUGAGGUCGACGGCCCGUACAGGGCAAUGAUUUUGCCGACCUCGAAGGAAGAAGAUAAGAACCUGAAGAAACGUUAUGCGGUCUUCAACCACGAUGGAUCACUGGCCGAACUGAAAGGUUUCGAGGUCAAACGCCGAGGAGAGCUGAAGCUGAUCAAGAUCUUCCAAACACAGAUCUUCCGGUUCUUCCUGGAGGGCAAGACGCUUACCGAGACUUACGCAGCGGUAGCCAAGGUAGCUGAUCGGUGGCUGGACGUGCUCUACGACCAUGGUGCAACUCUGGCCGACGAGGAACUAAUUGAUCUCAUUUCGGAGAAUAGGAGCAUGUCAAAGACCCUCGAAGAAUACGGAAACCAAAAAUCAACGUCCAUCACGACCGCCCGCCGUCUAGCGGAGUUCCUGGGAGAGCAGAUGGUCAAGGACAAGGGCUUGAACUGCAAAUACAUUAUUUCUUCAAGGCCAAGGAACACUCCUGUUACUGAACGAGCUAUUCCCGUGGCGAUAUUCUCCGCUGAGGAGAGCGUCAAGCGCCACUUCUUGCGAAGGUGGCUAAAGGAUGACCCCGGUGAUAUGGACCCUCGUUCUGUGAUUGACUGGGACUACUACUUGGAGCGCCUGGGUUCCGUUGUACAGAAGCUCAUCACUAUCCCAGCCGCCCUGCAGAAGGUUCGAAACCCGGUUCCCAGAGUCGCUCAUCCGGACUGGCUGCAAAGACGGAUCAAUAUCAAGGAUGACAAAUUCAAGCAAAAGAAGAUGACAGACAUGUUCAUCAAGUCGGACAAGAACCCACUGACCGACAUCUCGACAAACAUUCUUGAGCAUCGGGUCCAGCAUGCCGGCGACAUGGAUGAAGUUAUCGCGCACUCAACACAGAAGCUGAAGUCAUCCCCCGAUGGCAAGGUAUCUCAAAAGAGAAAGCACCCCGAGGGUCUCUCCAAGACCUCUCUUGAUCCGUUUGCCACCCUACCUGCGAAUAUGCCUCUCCCAACGGAAGAUUAUGAGGGCUUCCUGAAGUAUCAGAAGCAAAAGUGGAAGAUUCAGAAGCAGGCUCGAAUCCGCCGCCGUCAACUCUUCGGAGAAAAGGCGAAUGCGACCAACGAUUCUCUCAGCAACCUUUUCCGGAAUCAGGCCGAGCUACUGUACAUCAACACUUGGCAGAUCCUGCAUCUUGCUGAAACAGCAAGGCCCGGCAUCGUCCGAGCGUUUGUUCUAAUCGACCGCAAAGUCCACACUCUUACAAUCAAGGUUCCCCGGCAGGUUUACAUUAAUUUAAAGCAGGACUCGCUUCCCGAUGUUGACGUGCCGGACUGUGAAGUCGAGAAGGUCAACCACACGCUGCCAAAUGGGCACCCUUCCGUGCAUUUGUUCAAAUUGACGCUGUCAGAAGAAACAUACCUGCGCGAGUCGGAGAAACUUGAUGUCCUCCUGCAGCAUCCUAGUGUUGAAGGUGUUUACGAGAAGAGCAUCCCUCUCAACAUCCGGGCCGUUUUGAAACUGGGUAGUAUUUGCACUUUCGAUGAGGAACAGCGGGGUGUUCUUGGAGAAGGGCUGGACCGCGGAUUCGAUCUCUCGACCCUGUGCCGGACCACUUCCGAGCGGCCAUAUCUUUUGGACUCCCCCUUGGCUUACCACUAUCUGUAUCACCUUACUUCCGGCGAUAGGCAGAUUUUCGCUCUCUUCUCAAGCACGAAGAAUGAGGCGCAUGUUGUGAUCCUCAAUCGCACGAGGGAUGUUCAAGGUCUGCCGAAUCUCGACAAGAUUUACGCCGAGCUGCUUGGCCGUAGGAUGCAGAACGUGGAAGGUGACCAGCCACAAGGUGCCUUCGAAUACCAGGAUAAGAUUCAUUUCAAGACCACGCAAGUCACCACCAGGAGAAAGGCUCAUCUGGAAAUUGGGGAUCUGAUCAAGAAGUUCAAGUCCGACGAGACCCAACCUGCUAUUAUGCUCAUUCAGUCGCAGCAAAGGAUGCGCUUGUGCCAUGACAUUCCGAUACUGAGAGAGUACCCUAUCCUGCCAGUGAAACCGGAAGUGUCGGAUAUGGACCUGCCGCCCCUGGGCUGGCAGACUUUCAUUGCACGACGACUGGUCACCCACUAUCUCUAUAUUUCCGCCUGGGUUCAGCACUUGACAUUGCUCGCUAGAUACGGAAAUGUCCCUCUGUGCAACCUGGAAAAUGACGACCCCCGAUUUCUUAUCGACAUUUCCUACGCCAGACGGCUACAGCAGAGCAACGUCGUACUGUGGUGGUCCUCCAACCCGCGGCCUGACCAUGCUGGAUAUGAGAAGGAUGACAUCUCGGGCCCUCUGGAGAAGGUUUCCAUGCCGGCUGUGAACGUCCCAAGCGCCUAUACCACGGUGUGCAUUGAAUUGGAAGUUCGCAACCUUGCAAUCAACACGAUCCUGACCUCGUCUAUCAUCAACGAAAUGGAAGGCGCUGAUUCACUUCUAGCACCUUCCGGCCAAUCUUCAGACGCGAACGGUGGCGGCGUCCUGUACUCAGAAAAGGCGUUUGCUUCCGCUGGUGCGGUUGUGUUGCGUGAAAUGGUAAAGCACUGGUGGACAGAGGCUUGCGACGGAAACAACAUGGCCGACAUCAUGGUGCAGCAUCUGAUCCGAUGGGUAGAGAGCCCGGUCUCCUGUCUGUACGACCGAUCUUUGCACCACUAUGUGCGGAUGCUGUCGAGGAAGUCCUUCCAGCGGCUGAUGGCUGAGUUCAGACGGGUCGGCUCGAAUGUUAUCUUUGCCAGCUCUACCCGGCUCCUGCUCCAGACUUCCAAGACGGAGGUGGGCAAUGCUUAUGCAUACAGCCAGUACGUGCUGAAAUCGAUUCGCGCUAACCCGUCCUUCCAUUUCAUUGAUCUUGAGAUCAAGGAGUACUGGGACUACUUGUUGUGGUAUGAUGAAUACAACUACGGCGGCAAAGGGUGUCAAGAGGUUACGGAGUCGGACGAACAGGACCUGGAAACCGUCAUGCACUGGCAGCUCAGUCGUUUCCUGCCCACGACCAUGCAGUCGAUCUUCCACGACUGGGUUGUGGAGUACAUCGAACUGAUGCACGGUGUCAAACGGCCCGACACAAACGAUUCAUCUACUCCCCGGAUGACACAAAUCCCUCUCACGCGUCCUCAUAACGAAGACAGCGAGGAGGUCUCCGCUCUCCUUGCGGAGAAAUUCUCGAAGCCAUUGAAGAAGCAGAUUACCGGCCUCAUCCGCCGGCAGCGCGACGAACUUUUACACCCGGAGCUAGCAUCCGACUACGUGUUCCCCAUACUCCCCGGUGUGCUGUCCGACCCGAACGAAGAAAAGCGCAACCCGGUGUUGGAGCUGGUGAAACUGCUUAUGCAAGUAUGCAGUCUGUCAAAGACGACCACCAUGGAGACGCGGUUACUGCGUCGCGAACUGCUCGCAAUGUUUGAGGUGCGAGAAUUCAGCAAAGAGGGUCGAUUCGAGAACCCCGGCGCCAGUCUGAAGCUCCCAGAGCUCACCUGUGGCGCCUGCUGCCUGAUUCGCGACCUGGAUCUGUGCCGGGACGAGGACGUCCUUCCGGACCCCGGGACAGACCCCAGCAAAGCGUCCACCAAGCCCUGGCGCUGCCCCUUCUGCCAAACCGAGUAUGAUCGGUUGGCCCAGGAAGAGAUCCUGAUCGGCCAGGUGCAGGGCUACAUUGUCGGGUGGCAGACGCAGGACCUCAAGUGCUCGAAGUGCGCCAGUCUGAGGAUCAGCGACUUCAUGGAGCAUUGCUCCUGCAGUGGGGAGUGGGUGGAAACCAUGAACCUGAAGGAGAUUCAGAAGAAGCUGCGGAUCAUGAACAGCGUGGCGAAGUUCCAUGGCCUCAAGCUGUUGGAGAGCGUUGUAGGGGAAGUUCUCUCCCAGAUGUAGGAGCCGCUCGUCUUUGUCCUCGCAUUGCUUGUUGUUUGAGCGCUGUUGGUGGCGAUACCCUUGGAAACUAUAUAUAACAUUGGGUUGGCGUUGAUAGAAGGGGUUUUGUUACAUAGCAUACGUAUCAUUCUGUUGUAUUGUCAUAGCG